AUGGCUCGCUUUGAAGACGAACUGUCCAGCCGCUAUGGAGGCAGCUGUCCCGCGGGUCCGGCCAGAGGGGCCAGCCGCCAGCCGGGGCCUCCGGGGGGCCAGAGAAUAUACAAGCAGACGAUGGCCCAGAGAGCCAGGACCAUGGCCAUUUACAACCCCAUUCCAGUCAAACAGAACUGCCUCACCGUUAACCGCUCUCUGUUCAUCUUCAGUGAGGAUAACAUCAUACGGAAAUAUGCCAAAAAGAUCACCGAAUGGCCUCCAUUUGAGUACAUGAUCCUGGCCACCAUUAUAGCAAACUGCAUUGUGCUGGCUUUGGAGCAACACCUACCGGCCUUAGACAAAACACCGAUGUCAGAGCGUUUGGACGACACAGAGCCCUACUUUAUUGGAAUAUUUUGUUUUGAGGCUGGCAUCAAGAUCAUCGCCCUUGGCUUUGCCUUUCACAAAGGCUCCUACCUACGUAAUGGCUGGAAUGUAAUGGACUUUGUGGUGGUCCUAACAGGGAUACUGGCCACCGUGGGGGCUGAUUUUGAUCUGAGAACACUCAGGGCGGUGAGAGUACUGCGGCCACUCAAACUGGUCUCUGGCAUUCCGAGUCUUCAGGUGGUAUUAAAGUCCAUCAUGAAAGCCAUGGUACCUCUGCUGCAGAUUGGCCUGCUGCUCUUCUUUGCCAUCCUCAUGUUCGCAAUCAUCGGCCUCGACUUCUACAUGGGCAAGUUCCAUCGGACCUGUUUCAGGAUAGACACAGGCGAGCAGGCAGCAGAAUUCCCCUGUGGUCUGGAGGCUCCGGCGAGGACCUGUGCAAACGAUACUGCCUGUAAGGAAUACUGGAUCGGACCCAACUUUGGCAUCACCAAUUUUGACAAUAUCCUCUUCGCUGUUCUCACCGUUUUCCAGUGCAUCACCAUGGAGGGAUGGGUGGACAUCCUCUACAACGCCAACGAUGCCUCAGGGAACACAUGGAACUGGCUGUACUUCAUCCCCCUCAUCAUCAUCGGUUCCUUCUUCAUGCUCAAUCUGGUUCUAGGCGUGCUGUCAGGGGAGUUUGCCAAGGAGAGAGAACGGGUGGAGAAGAGGCAAGAAUUCCUGAAGCUCCGCAGACAACAGCAGAUAGAGAGAGAGUUAACUGGAUACCUGGAGUGGAUCUGCAAAGCAGAGGAGGUGAUGCUGGCUGAGGAGGACAAGAAUGCAGAGGAGAAAUCUGUGGAUGGAGCUUGGUACAAAAGAAAACACAACAACUCUGUGCUGAAAAGGACAAAGAAGAGUAAGAAUGACCUCAUCAAUGCAGAGGAAGGCGAGGACCACUUCACUGACAUCUCAUCUGUUGCACCCCCAGGGUCGCCAUUUGCCAGGGCCAGCGUGAAGAGUAAGAACGAGAGCUCAUCUUACUUCAAGAGGAAAGAGAAGAGGAUUCGCUUCACCAUCCGUCGUCUGGUCAAGUCCCAGAGCUUCUACUGGACUGUGUUGUGUCUGGUUGGCCUCAACACAUUGUGUGUAGCCAUAGUACACUAUGACCAGCCUGAGUGGCUCACCUAUGCCCUAUACUUGGCUGAGUUUGUAUUCCUGGGCCUGUUUCUGGCAGAGAUGUCCAUGAAAGUGUAUGGCCUUGGACCCCAGAACUAUUUCCACUCCUCAUUCAACUGUUUUGACUUUGGGGUGAUUAUUGGCAGCAUUUUUGAGGUGAUCUGGGCUGCCAUCAAACCUGGGGCCUCAUUUGGGAUUAGUGUCCUUCGAGCUCUUCGACUGCUCAGGAUCUUCAAAGUCACCAAGUACUGGAACUCUUUGAGGAACCUGGUGGUAUCCCUGCUCAAUUCCAUGAAGUCGAUCAUCAGCCUGUUAUUCCUCCUCUUUCUCUUCAUUGUGGUCUUUGCUUUGCUGGGCAUGCAGCUGUUUGGUGGCCAGUUUAAUUUCGAAGACGAAACGCCAACAACUAACUUUGACACAUUCCCAGCAGCGAUUCUCACAGUCUUCCAGAUCCUAACUGGGGAAGAUUGGAACGCAGUCAUGUACCAUGGGAUCGAAUCACAGGGGGGCGUUCAUGGGGGAAUGUUCUCCUCCAUUUAUUUCAUCGUUCUCACUCUAUUUGGAAAUUACACACUCCUCAAUGUGUUCUUGGCCAUUGCUGUUGAUAACCUUGCAAAUGCUCAGGAGCUUACUAAGGAUGAAGAGGAGCAAGAGGAGGCCAUUAAUAAGAAACUGGCCCUCCAGAAGGCCAAGGAAGUAAAGGAGGUCAGCCCCAUGUCAGCCGCUAACAUUUCCAUCACAGCGAGUUAUGUCUGCACCCCAGUCCAUCACUUCCUGAGUAAGGAGCAGCAGAAGUCAGCGAAGACAAUGUCGGUGUGGGAGCAGAGGGCAAACCAGCUGAGGAGGCAGAACCGGGCAAGCUGUGAGGCCCUGUACAGUGAGCUGGAGCCUGAGGAGCGUCUCCGCCUGUCCUCGGCCCUCCACAUCCGGCCCGACAUGAAGACCCACCACGACCGGCCACUGCUUGUUGAGCCCUGCGACGGGCCUUUGCUGGGCAGCCACCAGCACCAUCAUCAUAAGCCUUGCAUGCAAGAGGAGGCUGAGACUGCUGCUGACCCCCCUGUGCCUCACCAACCACGCCGCCACCACCGCCACAGAGACAGGGACCGGACCAGAACAAAAGAGGAGACAAAUGAUAAUGGUGACACUGGUGGGAGGCACCAUGUCCACCACAGUCGCUUCAAAGACCACGAAGGCAGCCGGGGCAGAGAGGGGAAGAGUGACAGAUCCCGCAGCCGAGAGGGAGGCAGGAAGCAUCACCAUCAGAGCUCGGUGGAUGACAGCGGAGGUGGAGGGGUCACAAGUGAGAGAGAGCAUCGCCAUCACCAUUCACACCGGCAGUCCCGAGGGGGCAACGUGACAGUGAACAGUGGAGGGAGGGGAGAGCAAAGAACCCGGCACAAAGAUGGACGUUCUUCUAACAGGGAUGGGGAUAGGAAUUCCAGAGGAAACAGUGGUGCCAGUGGAGAGAGGAGGAGACAUCGGACUCAUGGAUCAAGGGGCCAAUGCACAGCUGAGGGAGAGGAGUCCAAUGAGAGAGAGAAGACCCAUGGUCACAGGGACAAGUUUGGUGACUCAGAUGGGGAGUCCCUGGCCAUCUCCCCCCAGCAGGGCUCUGGGGGGGCCAACUGGCCUCCUGACCAACUAGAGGACUCGGACAACCAGCGGAAUGUCAGGCGAACUGGCCAAACCUCCAUCCAAAUUCCUCCUGUGACUGUCACCUCCCCACCUGGAGAGACCACCCUCAUACAAAUGAACAGUAUUGACUGUGAGACAAUACCUAUGAAUGAGAAGAACUUGGAGGAUCUAGGUCAAAGUGGACCCAAACCCAUCCUGCCUUACAGUUCCAUGUUCAUCUUUGGACAGACCAAUCCGCUGAGGCGGUUGUGUCACUACAUUGUGACUCUGCGGUAUUUUGAGAUGUCCAUCCUAGUUGUCAUUGCUAUGAGCAGUAUCGCUUUGGCAGCAGAGGACCCUGUCUGGACAAAUGCCCCACGCAACAAUGUGCUCAAAUAUCUGGACUAUGCCUUCACUGGUGUUUUCACUUUUGAAAUGGUGAUCAAGAUGGUGGACCUGGGCCUGCUUCUUCAUCCUGGAUCCUACUUCAGAGACCUGUGGAACAUUCUGGACUUCAUAGUGGUCAGUGGGGCGCUGGUGGCUUUUGCAUUUUCGAGCUUCAUGGGAUCGCAACAAGGUGUGACCAGGGGGACCAAAGGCAAAGACAUCAGCACUAUCAAGUCACUGAGGGUUCUCCGAGUACUCAGGCCUCUCAAGACCAUCAAACGUCUGCCAAAACUCAAGGCAGUGUUCGACUGUGUGGUCAACUCUUUGAAGAACGUGCUGAACAUCCUCAUCGUGUACAUCCUCUUCAUGUUCAUCUUUGCCGUCAUUGCAGUUCAGCUCUUCAAAGGAAAAUUCUUCUACUGCACAGAUGAGUCCAAGGGCCUGGAGAAGGACUGCAAAGGACAGUUCUUGGACUACGACAAAGACGAGGUAGCUGCCAUGCCCAGAGAGUGGAAAAAAUAUGAGUUCCAUUAUGACAAUGUGCUGUGGGCCUUCCUGACCCUCUUUACUGUCUCCACUGGGGAGGGCUGGCCAAUUGUACUGAAGCACUCUGUGGAUGCCACCUUUGAAGACCAGGGUCCCAGUCCAGGCUACCGGAUAGAAAUGUCCAUCUUCUAUGUGGUCUACUUUGUGGUCUUCCCUUUCUUCUUUGUCAACAUCUUCGUCGCUCUGAUCAUCAUUACCUUCCAGGAGCAGGGAGACAAGGCUUUGUCUGAGUGCAGCUUGGAAAAGAACGAGAGGGCUUGCAUUGACUUUGCCAUAAAUGCCAAACCUCUGACACGCUACAUGCCCAAGAACACACAGUCCUUCCAGUACAGGAUGUGGAAGUUUGUGGUCUCAGCUCCGUUUGAAUACUCCAUCAUGAUCAUGAUUGCUCUCAACACUGUGGUACUCAUGAUGAAGUUCCAUGGAGCUCCAGACUUCUAUGAGGGAAUGCUGAAGAACCUCAACAUAGUCUUCACCACUCUCUUCUCUCUGGAGUGUAUCCUCAAGAUUAUUGCUUUUGGUCCACUGAACUACCUAAAGGACGCCUGGAACGUGUUUGACUUUGUGACAGUGUUGGGCAGCAUCACUGACAUCCUGGUUACUGAAAUCAAUACUACGGACAGGCUGCUGAAUCUGAGCUUCCUGAGGCUGUUCAGAGCUGCUCGGCUCAUCAAGCUCCUGAGGCAGGGCUACACUAUCCGCAUUCUACUGUGGACCUUCGUCCAGUCCUUCAAGGCCCUGCCCUAUGUUUGCCUGCUGAUUGCUAUGCUGUUCUUCAUUUAUGCCAUCAUUGGGAUGCAGGUGUUUGGCAACAUUGAGCUGAACGAGGACACAGCUAUAAAUCACCACAAUAACUUCCGCACAUUCCUCCAGGCUCUCAUGCUGCUGUUCAGGAGUGCAACAGGUGAGGCUUGGCAUGAGAUCAUGUUAUCAUGUCUGAGUCACCGAGCCUGUGACGAGCGAUCAGGGUCCCAGGGGAAGGAGUGCGGCAGUGAUUUUGCCUACUUCUACUUUGUCUCCUUUAUCUUCCUCUGCUCCUUCCUGAUGCUGAACCUGUUUGUGGCUGUCAUCAUGGAUAACUUUGAGUACCUAACAAGAGAUUCCUCCAUCCUGGGACCUCAUCACCUCGAUGAGUUCAUCCGGGUUUGGGCCGAGUACGACCCAGCUGCGUGUGGCCGUAUCAAGUACCUCGAUAUGUAUCAGAUGCUGCUCCACAUGUCCCCACCCUUAGGUUUGGGAAAGAAAUGUCCGCCAAGAGUCGCCUACAAGCGUCUCGUCAAAAUGAACAUGCCCAUCGCUGAUGACAACACCGUCCACUUCACCUCCACUCUGAUGGCCCUGAUUCGCACUGCCCUGGAGAUCAAACUUGCCUCAGGUAUGGUAGCCCAGCGAUUAUCUGACGCUGAGUUAAAGAAGGAGUUGUCCACAGUGUGGCCCAACCUCUCACAAAAGACCAUGGACCUGUUGGUGACGCCACAUAAACCCAAUGAACUGACAGUAGGGAAGGUUUAUGCAGCCCUGAUGAUCUUCGACUACUACAAGCAGAAUCGAGCGAGGAGGCUGCAGCUGCAACAGCAACAGCAACAGAAUGAAUCAGGCUCCCAGUGCAAGGUCGGGGCUCUGUUUAAGCCAUUGCUGCCUCUGACUCACAUGCAGGAGAAAGACCUGCCUAUGAUGUUAAACAGUGUGGAGCCUCCCAGCAUGCUUCAGUCCCAGCCCAAAUCCCAUGCCAAGUCCCAGCCACAGACCAGACCCAGCUCCAACUCCCUCAACAAUGGAGGCACGCUGCCAGGUCAUGAUCACACCAUCAAGGAAUCAUCUUCCUGGGUGAUGGAGAAACCCAGGGAAAUGCCGCGAGCUAAGACUAAAAGAAGCAUGUCCAGGGGCCCGUCUGAGGACACACCAGACGCUGCCAUCAUUCAGGAGUCAGUGGAGAUGAGGAAGAUGGAGACCAGUGCCAGUAGUACAAUCCCAGUCCCCGGCACAGGUCUAGAAAACCAGGGCAGAGCUGCUUCUAUGCCUCGACUCAGUGCUGAGCUUCAGCGGGGCCACUCACGCUACUCUCCAGGGAUUCAUCUAGCUUCUGUCCCUGAUGCCAGCCCUAUGAAGCGCUCAGCCUCCACUGUGGCCCCACAGCGACCCCAGGAGGUCAACCUGUGUGACUACGCCCUGGAGAAACCCAGCCAGGACAGACCCCACCACCAUCACCACCACCACCGUUGCCACCACCGCAGAGACAGAGAUAAAGACAGAGACAGAGAGAAGAGGCAGAGGUCUUUGGAUACACCUCUAAGUGGACAACCUCCAGAGCCAGCAUCUGACACAACUGCCUCCAGAGAGCGAGCCCACGACCGUGGACGCUCCCACGAGAGGAAACACCACCACUCCUCAGCGGAUAAGCAGCGCUACUACUCCUGUGACCGCUUCUGCAGCCGGGAACACUGCCACACCAAAUCUGCCACUGCUAGCUGUGCCGCCUCCCCAAGCGAGGGGCAGGAAACCAGCACCAAGCAGGGCAGUGGUUGGGUUAAAGGCAGCCCAGUGGCACUGAGUUCCAGUUCUAGCACGCCAAGCCGCGGACGUCGGCAGCUCCCCCAGACCCCCCUCACCCCACGGCCAGGGGUGGCCUACAAGACUGCCAAUUCCUCCCCCGUGCACUUUGUGUCCAGCCAGGCCUCUCUGAGUCCUGGCCGGCUGAGCCGCGGCCUGUCGGAGCACAACGCCCUCAGGCACAGCAGUUCCCGCCACUUCCCCUGCCCUGUCACUCGUAUCAGCUCCGAGCCCUUCCUGGGCCGGGGCAACGGCGAUACCCUGGGCAGUCCCUACAGCAGCCUCCGGGACCAGCUGGACGUCUUCCAGGAUGUGGCGUCACUGUCGCCCAGCCGCCGUGCCGGACGCUCAUCUUGGACCGCACUGCCUCGCAUGAUGGGAGCCCUGCUUCCGGUUCCGCAGCAGAACCUUGGGAUGCCCAAUGGGUAUCACUUCAGCUUCGGGGGCAACACCAGCCCAGGCUCUGGCGUCAGGGCACCCAGGUAUUACCAGGAGGCAGAGGAGGACGAAUGGUGCUAGCAUGGCUUUAAACCAACCUUUUUAAUGCAUUUUUGAGGAACUGUGAUGAGUUUUAUCAUCUUCUUUGAAGGCUUUAGUUUACAUUGUCACUAUGUGUGUUUAAUGCUGUAUUUUAAUCCUAAUUUGGAGAGCUAAUCUAAGGGAAAACAUAUAAACAGGGAGAACACUUGAAGUGGGUAAUAUUUGAAUGUGAAGAAGAAAUUUUCAUCUUUAUCAAAGGGCACAUAGCAUUAUGAAACAGAAGAGUAGACGUUUUGCCAAUAUCAGAUAUCUUACAGUAGCUAUCCUUGAUUUGCUUUGACUUCAGUGUUUUGUUGACACCACCAUAUCGACCCUCAAACAGCAUUACAUCAUAAACACAGACUAUACAUUAAAAUUAUACUAUCUCGUGACUUUGGAGGAUGUAGAUAAACCACCUGAUGUGCUGUGUGUCAUUCAUAACUCCAGUCUGUGUUCCAGGGAAACAACUCAAGUUAACGCAAGCCUGCUUUGUUUCGCUGUUACGCUGCAGGUUGACUUAUUUCAGCACUCUGGCACUGCACAUGCUGAUCUAAUACAUACAGGAUUCUUUGGGGAGUCUUUUUAGCUAACUUUUUUGGCAAAUAGCAGUUUGCAAAAACUUAAAGCAGCAUUAAUUGUUUUUUCUCCCAUUUGGGAGCAGCACAACAAGCUGUACACGCAACACUAACAUGGUAUCACUUUAUAAAGUUGAAGUUACCAAAAGGCGGCCUAAUUACACAUCCAGCAGACACAGAGCAACAUUAGCAUUCAUUUGGAGUUGUGUCUCUUAUCACCAUAGAAUGUAAGUGCAGUAGUGAUUCUACUUUUAGCACUGGUUUGGUCUCCAUCAACUCCUGAGAAAAAUAUCUGGCUCUUUU